GCAACUGUUUUCGGUCAUUUUCGAAAGCGCGGAAGUGAAGUCAGUUGUUAUGGAGAGAAGAGAGCAAGACGACGAUGAGGAGAGGCAACAAUCCGGUGCAUCGGACCGCUUGAUCCGCCGCAUCGUCACCUCAGGCGACGGUGGGGCUGUAAGCCACGGCGAUCCCGUUUUCUGGCCGACUGUUGACGGUCCGUUAGGUUUAUCAGAGGAGAGAUCCCUUGAAUACGCUCGAAGCUUCUUCAGGUGGGGAUUCUUUCUCCUCCCUUUCCUCUGGGCCGUCAACUGCUUUUAUUUCUGGCCCGUCCUCCGCAGUCGCUCCCCCUCCUCCUCCUUCCAACGGAUUCGCCCUU